GAUUUCAAUCCAGUUACCUGCCUGUGAGAAUUUUGUGAUGGCUUCCGCUAUGGUGAAUCGAGGUGGUUGUCGGAUCAUGAAAUCAGUGUCUGCAGUUCUUGGUACGAGGUUUUACGCCAAGAUUGCAACUGGGACUGACAUAGUCUCUGCCGCACCCAAUGUUUCUCUCCAGAAAGCUCGUACCUGGGACGAGGGACUUGCUUCGAAAUUCUCCACCACUCCUCUCAAAGACAUCUUCAAGGACAAGAAAGUUGUCAUCUUUGGGCUCCCAGGUGCAUACACAGGUGUUUGUUCAAACAAACAUGUUCCUCCUUACAAAGAGAAUAUUGACAAGUUUAAGGCCAAAGGGAUAGAUUCUGUUAUUUGUGUGGCUAUUAAUGAUCCGUAUACGAUGAAUGCGUGGGCUGAGAAGCUUCAAGCCAAAGAGGCUAUUGAGUUUUACGGGGACUUUGACGGGAGCUUUCACAAGAGUUUGGAGUUGGUUACUGAUCUCUCAGGUGCAUUACUUGGAACACGAUCUGAAAGAUGGUCAGCAUAUGUGGUAGAUGGAAAGGUCAAGGCUCUUAAUGUUGAAGAAGCUCCAUCUGAUGUUAAGGUUUCUGGUGCAGACACCAUUUUGGGACAGAUUUAAAGUUCCUGUUGGUUUGUUUACAUGUAGUAAGUCUUCAAUAAAAUGUACCUAAUACUUCCUGCUGAUACAAGGUUGUCAGUUUGGACCCUUCUUCCCUGCAUGCAUGGUUAUUAAGUUGAGUAAGUUUUUAGCAUGCAUCACAUAUUAGCUGUAACUUUGGUAUUUUAUCAAUCUAUAUUUAUUUAUAGUCUCAA